AUGGGUAAUCACGGCUCAUUCAACAAAAGUUUGGUAAGUUUUUUAAUUUUUUUAUUAAAUACCAAACUUUAUUGACCUCUAAAGUCUGUAAGAUAUUAUAUUUUGUGUGGGGACUAGCAAGAAGUUAAGUUAUAGAAAAGAUAGUUCGCAAGGUAACUAUAGAGCAUAAGGUUCAAAGAGUGCGUAAGACAAGAAAAGAAACCCGAACCUAAUCAAAAGGUAAUCGACGCUUUUGAUGUUUUGGGAUACGAAAAGGUCUACAGGAUUAAUAUCCACAAACAAGGUUAGCUUGUGGUUCUGGCUCUCAACAGUGGCUAGAAAUUAAUAAUUUUGGAACGUUUGACUACAUAGUUGAACUAAUGUAAACGUUUAACAAACUGAUAUGGUUUUUAACACUUUCUUAUUUAAACAUGUAUCUUUAAAAAGCAAAACCUUAAAUGAUAAAUCUUAUGUUGUUUACCUCACAAAAAAAUAAUAAGUCGAAUGUGCCUUUUCGACGUGCACAUUCAAAGAGAAUCAUAUCGUAUGUUUUUCGGAUUUGUAGUUUAAAAACUGUCAUAGCUCUUACAAUAAAUAUUUUAUAGUAUAUAAAUUUGUGCAGAUUUUGGUAUGACUAGAGAGAAUUUAGAAUAAAGAGAGCGCAAGACAAGUAGAGAUAUCGAGUCCCAAUCAAAAGGUAAUUGAUGCUUUUGAUACCUUUUAGAACACUAGGAGGUCUAUAGGAUUAAUAUCCACAAACAAGGUUAGCUUGCGGUUCUGGCUCUCAAAAGUGGCUAGAAAUUACUAAUUUUGGAAGGUUUGGCUAGCUAGUCAAACAAAUAUCACUAUUGGCAAGUUAAUGUUGUUUUUGGACUAAGUUACUAUUUUUAAAUCAAAAAAUUUUAAUUUGUUUCCAAUUAAAUGAGUCAUUCAAUCAAAUGGCAUGUGCAAUUCUAAAAACAUUAAUUUAGGACCAAAACGAUGAAAACCUGCUUCGUCGCAACGUGCGCACCUUUUCCCCAAUGACCUCAGUAGAAGAAGCACGUCAGAUCAGAAGCCGGAGUCUGGAGCCACGUGCUACACAAGAGAUUCACAUGGUAGAGCACAGUAAAUCAGCGCGAUACAAUAGGAAGAAGAACACAUGCCCCAGGCUAUGGGAUCCGAAUGAUCCUCGAUUAUUUGCAUUGGCACGACAAGAAGAACAGAAGAGGAAACAACAGAUCAACGAGGACCGGCCUAGAAGUCCUAGUCCUGUGCCGGGAUUGGGUAAGGGUUAUAUUAUUAUUGGGGAGGAGGAUUUGAAAACAAAUCUUGAUUUUAAAAAUUUUCAGUUCAUUUUCAAACCAAAAAUGUUAAAAUAUUUUCAGAAAAAAGCUGUAUAACAGGCAUGACACGACACCACAAGAUGAUUCUCCAGAAGAUUUGGAUGCGCGCUUCAGAAGCCGACAUCAACGAAUGUUCGCGAAGUAUGAUGUCGCAUUUGCUACGGUCGAAUCAGCAGUUGUAUCAGAUGUUCAAUUUAGUCGGGAUGACGGACAAAGAGAUUCAACAGAGCACGGUAUUCAAUCGACAGGCAGCCAACUUUGCCAUGGUAUUUGAUUUUGUCAUCACCAACAUGGCUGACGACUUGAAUCGGGUGGCUUUUGCUUUGGAGGUAUGGGGUUUUAAAGCGAUUUUUUAAGUGCUGGUUUUGUGAAUUUUAUGAUAAGAUAGGGCGUGGUAAAGUAAGAUAGAAUUUUGGUAUAAAAAAUCAAGAGGCGGAUGUUGUAGUUGAUUAUGAGGGUCAUUUUUAUAGGGUAAAUACUUUGAACCGCUUAAAACAUAAGUAUUUUAUCUAAAAAACAAUUCAUUACCUACAUUCUGACAUCCAAUUUAAACUUUCAGUUCCUCGGCCAACACCACGCGGGCCUCGGUUUCACCAUGGAGCCCCAGUUAUGGGCCUUAUUUAAUCGCGUCUUCGAAGAUAACCCGCCCAAAUUGGUGUUCCAGAACCCUGAAGGACAUCAGGUAUGGAAGCUGAUGGCCAACUUUGUGGUACGACAAGUCAAGAACGGCUAUGUCAAGGAGAUGGAGAGUCCACAACGAAAAACCUCAAAUACAUUGCAUGUUGAUCGACCUUAUUGA